CGCACGUACGUACGGCUGUCCCCUCGCCAUCCACUAAGUAAGAUCUGGGCGAGGAGUUCUGCAUAGCGCUCCGAGCCCGAGACUGGAGAGGGAAAUAGAGUGGGGGCCUCCCCCAGAUUAUAGGUUUGUCACAACGGACCAUUCUCGAAAAGGAGGAGAAAACUUGCCUGCUCUAUCUGCUGAGCUCUCACUGGUCUGCCCGUUCCGGCGCCCUCGCUGCCAUCAUGUCGUCGCAGCUGGCCUCUUCUUCGUCUUCGUCCACUUUACAAGGCCCGGAAGGACACUCGAAUCAGGGACAAGCGGCCUCACAGGCCCAAGGGGUGCAGGAGAGGAGGACCAAGCGCGUCUACCGGUACCUUGAUGACCGACGAGACUCCAACAGCAACGCUCGGGACGGCACCAGCAACGGCGGCGGCGGCACUUCGCCCUCCUCUUCAUCUUCGACAGUCGCCGGUGGCGGCGGAUAUUCGGCUGCAGACGAUGCUGCACAGGCGACCACGAAGCGGGCCAAAGUGGCUCGAGCAUGUUUGUACUGCAAGCGCAGCCACAUGGUGUGUGAGGAGAAGAGGCCUUGCUUUCGAUGCGUGGGCGAGAGGUAUCGGCGACAAGUGCCUCGAUGAUGAACAGCAGCAACAAAGGUCGAGGUCGUCUGGAAGCGACGACCGAGGUGCCGUCGGCUCCAGAACGGCAUCCACGCCAGCUGGACACUCCAUCAGGUCGAUCAAUCCGGCCAGAAGGAGCAGCAAUGUCACAGAGGCCGACAUAAACUCUCGCUCAGACGAUAAUGGAGGAGGAGACGCGGCAGCGGCCGCCGCGGCUGCUGCUGCUGCCGCCGCUGCGGCGACAAUGCUGGGCCCCACGAUGAAUCUCGAUCACCUACUCGCUUUCGAUAAUUUUGCACAUCUCGACUCACCACCCACAGACUGGAUACACCAGCACCAGCAACACCUCUCUCAGCAACACCGACAACAGCAGCAGCAGCAGCAACCGCACACCCAGGGUGCUUCGCGCUCUAAUAAUGUCUCGCCAAGGGACCCGCCCUCCUGCCUCAUGGCACAAGGCCUGUCUCCCCGCGAGCAGGCUAAUCUCGAACAGCUUCUGGGCACCAGCGACGUCACCUUGGAUCGGCCGCUGCUCCUCGACGUGCUCCCCGAUCAUCAGGCAGUCUCGACUCGACGCCGGCCAUGGGACCACAUCUUGACGUCGACGUCCUAUAACCCCGAGGAGAGUACCGUGCGGCCGUACCAGCACGCCUACGGCUACGCUCGCAUGCAACGCUGGACGGCAUCGCCCGUUUCUUCGUGGUCCGUUGCGGGUGCCGAACGUGUGCGCGUGCUCCUGCAGGAGCAGACGCGGCCGAUCCUACGCGAUCGGUGGCAGAGGCUCAGCGACCUUGAGCUUGUCGAGCACGAGGAGCGCUUUAUCGCCAUCGUCGACUACAUUCGUCAGCACGUCUGCGAAGCCGUCGACGUGCCCCUCGUCGUCUUGAGGCGAACCGGCGAGAUCGUGUGUGCAAACGAAGCCUGGGCCAGGCUCUGUCAGACGCAUGUCUCCUGCUUCAACGACGGGCGUCUCUGCCUCUACCAGCUACUCUCCGAGCAGCUUAGCAUUGAUAUCUUUGAGAGGUUUGCGGACUUUGUCCUUCGCAAUGGACCAAGCCCUUUCCGAUGCACAGGCGAUGUCAAGUUUUCACGCCAAUCCGAAUCGCUUCCCAAGGUGGUGCGAAACGUAGAGAUCCGCGUCAACGUAUCGGUCGAACCAAUCGUUGAUAAUCAUGACCUCCCUGUCUGCCUUGUCGCCACCUUUUCCCCCAUUGUAGCUUAGACCAACGUAGCAUCUGACCCAUCCAAUUGUACCUGUCAUGUAAAUAUCCUUCCAAAAUUUGUC